AACAGCCCACUUCGAGUCCCCAACGCGUCGGACCGCGACGAAUUACCUCGUCGAAAGCCUUCUCGAGGCGCGUGUUCAGCGGCGCCGGCAGCAGGAACAAACCUGCGAUGCAACAUGCUCUUGCCCAGGAUACGGUCUAGCGCAAUCUCCCUUUAAACGGCUACCCCCCCACCCCGAACAAAGCCCUCGCCAGAGCGCUGAGCAUCACUGCAAGCACAAAUGGCAGGCCGAACAAGUCUGCCGAUACAUGGCGCGCCGCCGCGGGAUGAUUACAACAAGCUCCCGGAGGAGCAGAAGACACAAAUAAACGAGGCCUUCGAGCUCUUCGACAACAACGACGACGGGCGGCUCGACUACAACGAGUUCCGGUUCUGCAUGCGGGCGCUGGGGUUCGAGUUGCCGAAGCAGGAGACGUACGGGUACCUGACCAAGUACGGGAUACCGCCGGCGGGGUGGCCGGCGGAGCGCGGGGAGUGCACGCCACCCUGGCGGCAGUUCACGCUGCAGACGACGCAGGCGGUGGCGGGCCAGCUGAUGGCGAAGCGCGACCCGAUGGAGGAGCUGCGGCGGGCGUUCCGGCUGUUCGACGUCGACUCCAAGGGCAUCAUCACGGCCGAGGACCUGCAGAGGGUGUCGAGGGAGAUCGGCCAGGCCCUCGAGGAUUCGGAGAUACAGAAUAUGAUUCAGGAGUUCGACUCGAACGGGAAGGGCGGCGUGAGCGAGGACGAGUUCACCAAGCUUAUGAUGUCGAAGAAGUGAUGCGACCGUGCGGUGCUGAGGGGGAAUCGACGUGAGAUGGGGGAGUUUUCUCAUGGCACAGUGGCGGCUUUCCACCUAUUAACAUGCUUAUCAUGAUUGCGUACUGGCGGCCGAUAUACGAUACCAAGAGGGUUAUUCCGUGGGACU